CGUCAAGGUAAUCGGCUCAAUCAGAAGCCAGAAGGCGAGUAGAGAUCACAAACUCUUCCCUGCCACUAAUUAUCAGAGAAGUAAAGACAGCGAUGACGAUGAACGCCAAGCUCCUUGUCGUCCUUCUCGCCGUGGCGCUCUGCGUCGGACACUCACAGGCUAUGUCCGUAUUCGGGGGAGGACGGUGUCAGUGCGUACACGUGAUAUCCAAGUUCAUCCAUCCCAAGCAUUUCCAGACAAUGGAGGUCAUUCCACAGAGCUCCAACUGCAAGAAUGUGGAAAUCAUUGUGACGAUGAAAUCCACCAACAACCAGAUCUGCCUGAACCCUGAUGCCCCCUGGGUGAGAAAGGUGAUGAGCCACAUUUUGGACGGGGCUCAGACACCCAAACCCACGCAGUGAACCGCACUGAGCACUCCAAGAGAGACUGCCAUCACCAAGCCACCAGGCGCCCGACGCACGAGCUGAAGGCCAUCCACCCCCCAUCCUUGUUCUUUGUCAAGAUCCCAGUCACAGUUGGAGCCAGUUUAUACUCCAGAUGUGUAAAGACAAUGUAACAGUGGCGUAAAAAUGAGCAUGUGAACUCUUGUCACUCUCCGUUAAGUUAUUAACAAAGAUUCAAAAUGUGUAUAUGUUAAAUUAUACAUUUUUCAUAUUUCUAGGUUACUUGAAACCUGUGUCAGCACUUUAACCAUUUGUAUUUAAUAUUUUGUAACAGCGCAGCCCAAAUAUCUAAACAAAGAUUAAAGUAUUAUGAUUGUUGAAAUUAAUGAUGGGGUUAUUUAAAAUAUGUAUUUAUAUAUUUAUUAUGGUGAACAUUAUGUGUUCAGAAAUUCAUGUUUUCAUGCUUUCAAUGUUUAAAAAAAAGUAUUGGUACUCUUAUUACAUUAUAUAUUUUAAAAAGUAUUGUUUAUCUGCAGGGACAAACAUGCAUCAAAGUGAAUGUCGCUUCAACUAUGUUAAGUUAUUUUGUAUUAAUAAAA